UAAAAAAAUUAAAUAAUACUCCAAAAAAAAAAAAACAAAAAAGUCGCCGGAGAAAAACCCGAGUCGUGCAGAGCGGACGGAGAUGCCGAUGAAAACAAGGAUAAUAUCGGCAGCUCUUUUAUGGGUUCUUUUCCUCUUUCUAACCUUAAUUUUCAUACUGAGUAGAAUAAGCGAUGAUAAAGUGGAAAAUAAGCCAAGGGUUGAUGAAAUCGAACCCCAUGAGGAAAAUGAUUUGGAAGAAGUGACUCACAAAGUUUACUUCGACAUCGAAAUUAAUGGAAAGCCUACUGGUCGUGUGGUCAUGGGCCUUUUUGGGAAAACAGUUCCUAGAACCAUAGAAAAUUUUCGAGCACUAUGCACGGGGGAAAAGGGAAACGGAAACAGUGGGAAGCCCCUUUACUACAAAGGGAGUAUGUUUCAUAGGAUUAUUCCCACCUUUAUGAUCCAGGGAGGUGAUUUUACACGUGGAGAUGGACGAGGUGGUGAGUCAAUUUACGGUGAUAAGUUUGCAGAUGAGAACUUCAAACUAAAACAUGUUGGGCCAGGAAUUUUGUCAAUGGCAAAUUCUGGGCCAGACAGCAAUGGAUCGCAAUUCUUCAUUACAACAGUCAAGACUAGCUGGUUGGAUGGACACCAUGUUGUAUUUGGGAAGGUGAUUUCUGGUAUGGACGUUGUCUACAAAAUGGAAGCAGAAGGAAGAGAGAAUGGAGUGCCUAAGACCAAAGUUGUAAUUUCCGAAAGUGGUGAGCUUGCUUGAUGAAAACACUUAAAUGGCUUCCUCUCUGUCUGUGUAGGAAAAUUGACCAUAUGUAAUAGGAUUCUCUUUUUCUUUUCUUUCUUGUUUUUUUUGGACUUGGUACCAAUGGUAUAGGGUUGUGCAAUACCUGUAUAUCUUAAUUUUGAAUGAGCUUUUUAUUUGAUUGAGGAUAUUUAAAUUCUUUAUACCA